UUUAUCCAAUCGAAUUCAUCAUCGUCGUCACCUCAGUGCCACGCGUCGUCCGUCAUCAUUGAAUCGCAGUCGAUAAGCCAAUUCACGCUGCCGUCUGUACCAGAGGACGAGGUGGGAGGCAGUACGGUGGUAGCCUCGGAGGGUGUAGCGGUAGAAAUAAGGAAGGGCCUUGGCGGCGGGUGCCGCGCGUCGCCGAUGACGAUGGCCGAGAGCGCCGUGGAGGACGCCGCAGCGCCCCCCGGACCGGCGAAGCCGCCACCCUGUACGAACAACAACACCCUGUCAGCGACGGCGAACCGGAACCACCGUCAUCGCAAGCGAAAGCGGUUGUCGCAGGUCCUCGACAUACUUCAGGCUCAUCGGAGCUCGCCGAACGAGGGCGAGGUUUUCAGGUUCGAGGGUUCGACAACCGUCUCCGAGGAGGACGAGGAGGUCUUCGGAUCGUCGAGGUCAUCCUUGGCCGACUGCAGUCCCGGACGUCUGAACUUCUCCCCGCUCCGUCUGAAGGACGAGGCUGGAACCGGGGUCGAGGAGGAUCAUCCGCCGGGUUCGGUUCCGGGGUUGGGAACGGCCGUUGGAGCUCAUCGUCGGAACCUGACUUUAUCAAGCUACCAUCCGGCUCUGAGGUACGCCGGUUGCGCCUGCGUUCAUUGCGCGACGCCACCUUCGUUGCUUCUUCCUUCACCCGCCUCGCCGUUGACGCCUCUGACACCGGCGUCGUUGACUCCUCUUACGCCGGUAUCACCGUCGUCCUACAGCUUCGAGCACUACCUCCACACGAAGUACCUGCCGGACAUGUUCAGACGACGGAGUCAUUCCGAUUCCGACGUUCCGGGGUGGGAACGACCCUCGCCGAUUCCACCCCCGCUUUCGAGGAGUGGAUCCUUGGAGAACGAGGCGACGACGUCGCCGGCACCGACGACGACAACGACGACCAAGACUACGACGACGACGUCGUCGUCGAGCGGACCGGCUCAGGACUCGCCGCUCGAUCUGUCGAUGAAGAAGGGGAUCGGAGGACGACCGCAUCCCAUUCAUAUCCUACCACCCGGUAUCGUAACUCGAGGAUCGGUAAGCGUUCCGGUCGUAAGAGGCGACGUUGCCUCGCCAACUACCAAGGAGAGCGUUGCCGUAAGGUACAACUUGGAGGUGUCACCCGUUGUCGAGGAGAUGCCGCCCGGUGCCGACGUCGCUUACGUGUGUCCGGUUUGCGGUCAGAUGUUCAGCCUUCACGAUCGUCUCGCAAAGCACAUGGCUUCGCGUCAUCGUCGUCAGGGUCCCCAGGACGCUUCGGCAAAGGCUUACCUCUGCGAUGUUUGCAAACGUAGUUUCGCCAGGUCGGACAUGCUAACCAGACACAUGCGGCUUCAUACAGGUGUAAAACCGUACACUUGCCGCGUAUGCGGACAGGUAUUCAGCAGGUCCGAUCACCUCAGCACUCAUCAGCGUACCCAUACGGGCGAGAAACCUUACAAGUGUCCUCAGUGUCCUUACGCCGCUUGUCGAAGGGACAUGAUAACGCGGCAUAUGCGGACCCACGCCAGGUAUCCUGACGGACAGCCGUUGAAGAGUGAAAUUGGCACACCCGAGGGCAGUCCUCCUUCACCGUCGCAGAAUCAUGGCGCACCCUCGCCAUCGGCCGGAUCAGCGAAUGUCAAGAUGGAGUGGAAAAUGGAAUGACGUUUGUCGAGGGUUCGGUGGUCGAUGCUGACGAUUAUUAUUAUUAUUAUUAUUAUUAUCAUUAUUAUUUUUUAUUAUUACUAUUAUUAUCCAUAUUGCUGAUGAUUUUAACGACGACGUCUAUUAUCGUUAUCGUUACACCGAUAUUAUACUGUUACUUCUUUCUACUCACUACAAUCUUUAUACUUCACUCUGUGUUGUGAAUAUUAUUAUCAUUAUUGUCAUUAUUAUCAUUAUUAUUAUUAUUAUUAUUAUAAAUUUUUGUACGAUCGUUGCACGUUUGCGGUGGUGAUGACUAACGAUCUUGAUCGAGACGAGAUCAUCGAAUUUAUUCGUGUCUGUUGCUUUUCAUUAAUGGACACACAACCGAACGAUUACGUAUACGAUAUACAUAUUUCUGAUAAGCAUACUUCGUAUUUCUUAUACAUGUGUAUAUUGCAACAUCGUUACAGUAUUAUA